GUCCCUGCUUCAUGCUCCACCCCUGGUGUUCCUGUUUUCCAGGUCUUUGUCCCCGGAACUUGCACUCUCUCCUGGGUGUCCACUAGGGUUUUCUGCUCGCAUCUGGAUCCCAGUACGACUAGCCUACAGUCCAGUGUCCUACAGAAACCACGGCCUCUCCUCAAGUUUGGAAAGAAAGCAAGAAAAGAAAGGAAGAAAGAGGAAAAAGUCACCUUCUCGGCUACUUUUCCACCGUCUCUUCUCUCCCCUGGUUUAUACGUCCGUCGCGGCUUUGAAGCAACAGUGUGAUUCUGAGAUUCUCGCCUCCAGUUAAAAACUUUUUUACAUGUUUGAAAACUAUCAUUUCAUCGCCUUUUUGUGUUUUUUUCGAUUGAGUCUGGAACUCGACAUGUAUCGCAUAUUUCCGUGCUGUUAAACGAACGACGUUUGAGCAGUUUUCACGGUUAUUUUCGGAGUUGUUCUCCCUGAAGUUGUGUAAGCGGUGGCCUGAGCUGUGAAUGAAGUAUCUGUUGAAGAAAUCAGCGCGUCUCCAUGAGGAAACUCAGCGUGGGAGUCGCUGAAACUCUGUGCUAGUUAUACACACCUGAGCGACUAUACUUUUUUAUUUUUCACUUUUUGUGCUGUUGUUUUUAAGUGACACACCAUGAAGCCGCUGUUGGUGUUGUGUGUAGUUUGCACGCUGGUUGUGUUGUGUGUGUCGAUGACUGCGGAGCAAAAGUUGAAAAACUGCAACGACGUCCGCGCGGCGUACAGCUCCAAGGGCUUCAACGUCAACGAUGUUCCCAACAAAGGAGUCAACGGAGCCCCGUUGAAAGUGUGUCCGCAGGGUUUCUCCUGCUGCACGGUGGAGAUGGAGGAGAAGCUGAGCCAGCAGAGCCACACGGAGAUCAAAGCUCCCGUCUCCAGGCUUAGCACCAACCUACAAUCCACCUUCAGACAGAGGCACGACCACUUUGACAAGUUUUUCCGUGAGCUUCUGAAAAACGCAGAGCUGUCGCUGCACAACAUGUUCGUGCGGACGUACGGGAUGAUGUACGUGCAGAACGCCGAGCUGUUCAAGAACUUCUUCGAGGCGCUGACCAGGUACUACGUGUCGGGCGGCGCCGCUGUCAACCUGGACACCAUGCUGUCAGACUUCUGGGCCGACCUCCUGGAGAGGAUGUUCCGGCUGGUCAACGUGCAGUACGAGUUCAGCGACGCCUACAUGGAGUGCGUCAGCCGGCACACGGAGCAGCUGCAGCCCUUCGGAGACGUGCCGCGCAAACUCCGCAUCCAGCUGACGCGUGCAUUCGUCGCCGCGCGUACCUUUGUGAAGGGCCUGACGCUCAUGCCUGACGUGGUCAACAAAGUUUCCACGGUCAGCGCGUCUCCCAGCUGUGUGCGAGCCGCCAUGAAGAUGUUGUACUGUCCCUACUGCUCGGGCCAAGUGGCGCUGAAGCCCUGCCAGAACUACUGUCUGAACGUGCUGCGCGGCUGUUUGGCCAACCAGGCCGACUUGGACACCGAAUGGAACAAUUUCCUCGACGCCAUGCUCAGUCUGGCCGAGAGGCUCGAGGGCCCCUUUAACUUCGAGUCCGUCAUGGAUCCCAUCGACGUUAAGAUUUCUGAGGCCAUCAUGAACAUGCAGGAGAACAGCAUGCAGGUGUCGCAGAAAGUUUUUCAAGGAUGUGGGCAGCCUAAACCAAGCGUGGCCUUCCGUUCCAAGCGCUCCAUCAAAGACACCGGCUUUAACGGACGCUUCCGCCCUUACAGUCCCGACGCCAGGCCCACCACCGCCGCCGGGACCAGUUUAGAUCGCUUGACAACUGACGUGAAGAAGAAGCUGAAACACGCAAAGAAGUUCUGGUCCACACUGCCGGAGACGGUGUGUGCAGGCGAGAGGAUCGAAGCCGGGGACGAGUGCUGGAACGGAACAGCAAAAAGCAGGUACGAAUCAGUUGUCAUCGCCAACGGACUGGCCAAUCAGGGAUUAAACCCUGACGUGGAGGUUGACAUUACAAAGCCGGACACCGUGAUCCGCAGUCAGAUCGCAGCUUUGAAGGAAAUGACCAGCUGGCUUAAGGCUGCACACAGCGGCAAUGACAUCUCUGUCUCUGAUAAUGACGAGGAAACCAGUGGAGAUGAGGAGAGCGGCAGCGGUUGCGACUCUCCACCAUGCGACGACAUCUACUUCUCCACUCCGCCGAACCCCGGCAAACCCCAGGUUCCUGUGUUGGCCAAAGAUAGAUCAAACGGGGGCGUGGCCUCCCAGGGGGGCAUGGCGCUGGCGCUCUGCGGGCUGGCCCUGGCCCUGCUCGCUCCCCACUUGAGAUAAAACUGGCUGGGCAGGAAGAGGAAGAGAAACGACCAGGAAAUGACGGAGCGAAGGAGAAAACUGUCAGAGAGACUUUAAAAAAAGACUGCCUUCAGGACCUUGGACUGUCCGCCAUUUGGGGGGGGGAAAGACUCUUCUUAAUAUUACAAUAACUUCACUUUUAAUUAUUUGUUUGUAUGUUUUUAAGGACAUCAGUGUACAGCAACAUUUCCUCCCAAGAGAUACACCUUUUCCCCCUUUUUACCCCCAGAUAAACCUUCUUAUGGCUCUUUCGGAGCUCCACUAUGGUUCUGCGUGCAGCAUACAGACAUCAUAUACUUGUUUUGGCAAAUUAAUCUCAUAUACACUUGUGUGCCUUCUUCAAUGAUUGCCAUCGGAUAUCUUAGUAGAGCCAGAUGUUUGGUUAAACAUGGAGUGCCUGUGGUGCGACAUAUCUUCAUAUUUCUGAGGAUGCUCUUUCUUUCAUUUAUUCGGAGAUCAACAAAUCAUCUGAUUUUAUAAAUCAACAAUUCAAAACAAUCAUUAGAUACGCAUACUGUCAAAGUGUGUGCCAUUUACAAGCCUCAACUGAAGAAAAGUCCAAGCGUUUGUUUGCUUUGGAGAGACGGUUAAGUAAAUUCUCAGAAAUACAGCGAUAGAAGUGACAUCACAGGUAUUUAUGUUUGACCCGGAGAUGGAAUCAUUUUCUAGAAGAGCAUUUUGGGAGCAAGCCUAAAGUGCAGCCUGUUUUGAGCAUUACAACAACUUUUCAUUUGCUUCAUUUGUUUCCUCAGCGUAAACAGUUCAACCGUAGGGUCAUACCUCAUGCAUGCUCUCAUCGUCAACGCAAGCUAGUGAGUGGAAAGUGUCUGAUAGAGUCGGUGAAAGGUAGCUGGCGUGGAAGGAGGAGGACGACUCCCCCUGGCAUUAACCCUAGAGAAGGCAAAAGCUGACAAGUCCUGAAAGCCCCUUUUUUUUGGUACUGUAAAGCUCAGGUCAGCGCGGGAGGAUCUGACUCUAUACAGUCUUAUUGUAUGACAAGAGAAAGGCGGCGACACGUAUGUUCACAUUAAAACUAGAGAAGAGAAACAAAAGACAGUGCUUUGAUCAAAUGAAAUCAAGAAAAAGAUUAUUUUAAUACAGGGUUUUAUGUUGAAGAGGUGUUGUAAUGUUUAGCUAUUUUUGGUAUGAAGAUAUAUAUUAGGUACUACAGUGGAUUUUACUGCUAGUUUUUUUUAGGUGGUGGAAGAGGACGCUGUGCACAGAUAUCGGGGGCACUUUCGGUUAGUGUGCACCUUUUUGUUGGUGCUCGUUUUUUUUUUUCUGUCAGCCAACAUCCCCCGUUCCUUAAUACUCACUCGUGCCUCUUUAGCGGCGUGCGUGGGUAUAAACGGACUCAUUUGAUCGACCUAUCCUCAUCCUCAUCAUUUCUACUGCUGGUGGAAUGUUGAAGUAUUGUCACGAGUGCUACCAAAUUGAAUGCAAUGUAUGGUGCUUGAUCUUUUCUUUUUUUUAUCCUUGGUACAUUAUCAGCAACUUCUUGAGGUAAAGAAAUUAUAAUGUAGAUGUUUUUUUUUUUUCUCUGCUCGGAUUCCAUAUCUUGAGGAUGUUAACAGCUGACAAGCACAACACAAGAUGGUUUUUUUUAUACCUUUUUAAUUUGAUGACAAGUUGCUAUUUCAUCUUUAAAAUGAUGCUGCCUUGAGUUGUGUAUAGUAACUUAUGCAUGUAUUUUAACGUCAUUGCAAAACAUGCUUUUAGAACUGACAUAGAUGAUCCAAAAUACAGUAUUCAUGUUUCGAUAUGCAAAACCUAGGUGGAAAUAAUUGAUUUCUAAUUGAUUAGAUUGGAUUUGGGGGCUCUGAAUAUGCAUUUUGUAAAAACUGAAAAAAGAUUGGCUUGUUUAACUUUAGUCUGAAAAAAUGUCCCGCAGUUACAGAUGGUGAAUAAUGCUUGUGCCUCUUUACGCUUUGAAAUUGACAGGUUGAUUGUAAAACUUACAUGACAUUUUCUUUCAAAAAGCAGUGAAGUGAUGUCACCAAUUAAAUCAACAAGGACAUCGAUAUAAAAAAAUGAGACUUUGAGAAAACGGCUAAGCAACCCAAGUAAAAAAUACAGAAGCCUUAAUUUAAAAAGAAAGAUAAGCUGUGUUUCCGCAACUUGGUUACCUCCGCCCGUUACCAGUUUGUUUUUUGUGUUUCCAACUACAUUUCUAGCAGGGCUUAUGCAUGUGUUCACGUCAUGUGGAGGAAGUUGUGUCGAGUGUGAAGAAACCCGACUUUCUGAGAGUCAGAGUCGCGGUGACGAUGGUAAAUGUCUGUGCUUGCGGGCCAGGGCAGCAACAUGUUCCAGCAGGCGGGAGUUGGUCCAGCGGCUGGAUGUUGUUCACUCGAUCCGCAGAGCGACUUGAGUCCAGGGACUUAAAGGUUCAGUCGGUAUCGAAAGCCUUCCAUCAGCCCUCGGCCCACAAGAACAGAAAGGACUCAUUUUCUAAAUGAGUGACUGACUGAGAAGAAUACAAAAAAAAAGUGUAAAUAAAGAACAGCCGGUUUAGAUGUCUCUAAAAGAGGCCGUAACAGUACACCAGAUUUUUACUUGUCAGAGUAUCUCCUAAAUGUUAUGGAAAAACACGAUGAGAUAGAUGUUCAAUUGUAAGAGAAAAUGUAUAUUAAACAACAUUUCUUAGUCUUGUUAAAAUAAAGACUGCCAAUAUUUAAA